UCCAUUCUAGUCACUGGGGUCCAGCACUAGUUCUUCUGAAGUUCUGUCGGCUUCCGCCCAGCCUCAGGUGUAAAAGAGCGGCCGCCAGAGCGGAAGUUUUAAUGCUGCCAUUCAUGUAGCGGCAGGCACUAGGCCAAACUCCUGUUGAAUUGGCGUGUGGGAGGAGUAUCCCUGCACUACUGAUAAGCUUUAUCAUGCCUGCAAACAAGGUUUUACAGCCGGUUUUAAAACUGAAAGUAGAUGAACUAUUUCAGUGUUGGCUGAGCGAGACGCCAACGCAGCUGCUGCUGAAGGACUACUUAAGACGAAUUAAAAAUGGCGAAAAUGUUCUGCCUGAAAACGUUGACGACAGCGGAGAUGCUUCCAGGAUGCAGUCUGCUAAUAAAAUGCUAGAUAGCUUGUCCUUGUCACCAGUGACUUGUAGUCCUCCAUCUCGCUCUCCUUCUGCUCUGCCCAUUGGUGCCUUCAGCAGCCCAAGAAGCGGGCUGACUCCAAGAACUUAUAGAUCAAGACUGGUACAGCCAAAGAGGGAAGAACCAAGGACUCCUACCAUAAGCCAGCACAUUCCAAAAUUCUAUUUUCCUAAAGGGUGUCCCAAAGCCAAUACUAAUGUGGAUAGUAUUAUUUCAAAGAUUGAGAAGGCUUUUUCUACUCUUCCAAACGAGCGAACUAGCCUUGAAGACAUGGACAAAAUAGCUAAGGCUUGUGAAUGCCCGCUUUACUGGAAAGCACCAUUGUUUUAUGCAGCUGGUGGGGACAGGACCAGAUACGUGUCUGUUCACAAGUUUGUGGCCAUGUGGAGAAAGGUUUUACAGACUUGCCAUGAUGAUGCUGCAAAGUUUGUACAGCUAUUAGCAAAGCCAGGCUGUGCGUAUUUGGAACAGGAAGAUUUAAUACCUUUUUUACAAGAUGUGGUGAACACUCAUCCUCACUUAACGUUUUUGCGAGAAGCCUCAGAAUUUCAUUCCCGGUACAUUACCACAGUAGUUCAGAGGAUAUUCUACAUUGUAAACCGGUCGUGGUCUGGUCGAAUCACAUGUUCAGAGCUCAGGAAAAGCAACUUUCUGCAGCAUGUGGCACUUCUGGAAGAGGAAGACAUCAAUCAGUCAACGGACUAUUUUUCAUAUGAGCAUUUUUAUGUCAUCUACUGCAAGUUCUGGGAGCUGGAUGUUGACCAUGACUUGUACGUUGAUGAGCAGGACCUGUCCAAACACAACGACCAUGCAAUAUCAAGUAGAAUUAUUGAAAGAAUCUUCUCUGGAGCAGUAACACGUGGUCGAAAGGCACAAAAAGAGGGAAAGAUUAGCUAUGCAGACUUUGUGUGGUUUCUGUUAUCUGAAGAGGACAAGAAAACACGGACAAGCAUCGAGUACUGGUUUCGCUGUAUGGACCUCGAUGGAGAUGGAGUGUUGUCAAUGUAUGAGUUGGAGUACUUCUAUGAAGAACAAUGUCAGAAGAUGGAGAGCAUGGCUAUUGAGCCCUUACCAUUUGAGGACUGUCUAUGUCAAAUGUUGGAUCUUGUCAAACCUCAGAGUGAUGGUAAAAUUACACUCUAUGACUUGAAAAAAUGCAAACAAGCAAAUCUGUUUUUUGACACUUUCAUAAAUCUUGACAAGUAUUUGGACCAUGAACAAAAGGAUCCAUUUUCUGUACUGCGGGUUGGAGAAAAUGAAGGACAAGAACUUUCAGACUGGGAAAAAUACGCUGCUGAAGAAUAUGCCAUCUUAGUAGCUGAAGAGGCCGCCACAGAACAAUGGAAUGAUGGGUGUGACUCUGAAUUAAAUGCUUUGGAGAUGGAUAAAAGAGCUUUCUUGGAUCUCGCUUCUGAAGAGUCACAAGUGGACAUUGAGUAUGACUAUGAAGAUGACUUUGAAUAAACUGAACAGUAAAGAAGGACCCAGCAGCUGGUCUGCCAUGUGUAUUUGCUGUGGACAGCACUUUAUAUAUGUAAUAUAGAAUAACUGCAACAAUCAUCAGUGACUUACAAAGCGAUGAUUUAUUUAUUGCUAAAAAGCUAUUUAUUGAUGUUGGUCACAUUUAUUUUGCUGUGCUAUGUUGUGAGUCCUGCAUUUCAAUGAUGUGAAUACGUUCUGAUUUACAUGUGCAAACCCCAUGUUUGUUAAUGAGUUGUAAACGGGCAACAUGUAUGCUAACCAAUACUUAAAGGCAUGUUCCAAAGGACAUAUGUGGAAAGCAAUAAAGAUUACACGUAUAGAACUCAAAUCUUUAUGGCUUUCCAGUGACCUGUGAACUCCUGAUCUUGGUAAUCCUGUCUGUCGUUUUGGAUAGAAAGGUGUCUUUUUUUUUUUAUUUUUGAUAAAUCCUCUCUCAUUUUGUUCUAGUCGUGCCGGCAUAUGCUGAUCCUAUGCUGAGCUGUUUGCUUAGGCAGCAUAUCCUAUAGAACCCAUUCGCUUUGGUGUCGUUCUUGUCACAUUCCAUUUUGUAACAGGACCCAUCAAUGAAAUACUUUUGUUGUAUUCUCCAAAAGAGAACAAAACUAUUUGGUAUAGUGCCUUUAAAUGUAUAUAUGUAAAUUCCAGCAUUUUUCUUUCAUUAUUUUAUUAUUGCAUUGGAUAAAACUACAUAUGUAAAUAUUUGCUGUGUAGAAAUGUUUAAAAGACUUUAUGAAUUUAUAUAUUGUAAUUUCAAAUAAACUAUAUUUUGC